UGUAGUUCUCUUUCCUCCCUCCUUUUCUCACCUUUUCCCUCACUUUUUUCUCUUCACCCUCCGUCCAUUGCUCUCUCCAUUUCUUUUAGCUCGCUGGAGAAGCCUGUUCAUUUUGACUGUAUAGAUUAAGCUGACAAUUGGAGUAGGUCUAGGACACGACAUUGUCACCAUGGCUCAAACGGAGCGCACAUUUAUAGCCGCCAUUGGUGACGAAGACUCCAUCACUGGCCUUUUACUUGCCGGUAUCGGUCACAUUGAUUCACAUCAAAACAAGAACUUUUUGGUCGUGGAUCCUAAGACGCCAUUGUCAGCGGUCGAAGAUGCCUUUCAGCAAUUCACAAAGCGCAAGGAUAUCGCCAUUAUUUUGAUUAAUCAACAUAUUGCCGAAGAGAUCCGCCCUUUAAUCGAUGAGCAUGAUCAGGCUUUCCCCACCAUCCUUGAAAUCCCUUCUAAGGAUCACCCCUAUGAUCCUGAAAAGGAUAGUGUGUUGAAGCGUGUCAGGAGACUGUUUGGCGAGUAAAAAAACCUUCAUGCCACAUACAUGAAUGCAUUCAAAAUAAAACUGUCGUGUCAUGACUAUCAGAGCGUGUCACGCGAAGAGAAAAAAUCCCCCUCCCUUAUAUCUACACUACAUUUAAAAAUCUGUUUCCAAUGUAAACAGCCGAGUAAUGACAAGUCUAUUGUGUUGCAAGCUAAUGAUAAAGGUAGUUACUAUGGCGAGACUUUAAUUAAGUUCAUGGAUGUAUGCUUCAAACAAAUAAGUUGC